UCCUGAGGGGAUUUCUUUGUGGGAGCAGAUUGUGUCUAAAGCCCAACUCAAACGGGAGAGCAGUUCCCGUCCUGAAUCUCCGAAUCCAGCAAGAAAUCGUUUCGUUCAAAAUAAUUCGUGCUCUCAGGUCGACCAUUUGACGUCUGAUGUGUUACAGAAACCAACCCAUGAGCCCCAUGAACAAAAAAAUAACCCCACAGAAUACUCUCAGCAGUACAUAUUCCUGUACUUCUGCCGGGAUUGGUUGCCAUGCUGCAAAAGGCGAAAGAAAACAACUGUUUUGAAACAGCCUGAUUCGUUUUCUUUUGCCCUCCACUUUCAUUUGGAGAGAAAGCAAUUUCGAUUCAACGGACAUGACUUCCUCACCCUAUAUCUAUACCAAAGAAGACGGACGAAAUCUAACGAGAUUCCAGUUAAGCAGUUGUCUGAUAUUCCCUGGGUCGCCAAAGAAUGGGCCGUUCGACAGAGACCUCCACUGCCCCUGAACCUCCAGUGGACUGAAG